AUUUUCCACUACCAGUUCACCAUUAACUACUCGAUCUUUUAACGUAUUGACAAGAGUUAGUACUUGAGAACCAACAUCUUUAAGAUUCUUGAAGAUCUUAAGGGCUUCUUCUUUUUCUUCUGUCAUGUGUUCAAUGUUCAUGAUUAAACUCACUAAUUUCGAGCCACAUGGGAAUCACAACACAAGUAGGUUCUAUAACCUCCCAGAAGGUUAAUAAUCAGCUGACCAAGACUCCAUACAGAGUACUGUUACAAAAUCCAUAUGGCAUUCAAGAGAUCUGUCAGAUUUGACCACUAGUUGAGAUUAAUUUUUGAUUUAGUUAGUUCCAAGUCAUAUUAAAAUUCGUGGUUUUUAAAUCCAGUCAUUCAUUCAUCACCGGUUAUUCCGUUUUAUAUUAAUUUUAUGAGUGUUGAAACUAUAGGUUAUAAUGUUUUAAAUUAAAGAAAUUACUCAGUCUUUGAAGUUUUAAGAUGUUAUUGUUUUUUCAUUAAAUGUCUCAUUAAUUUAUCAACCUGGAAAACAGGACCAGUUCUGGCCUUUUUUGUUUUAUUUUUUUCCUUUUAUUCUAUAAUGUCUCAAAAAUUUAAGUCUUGUGAGGGAUGUGGCUGUAUGUGUCGUGACUGUGAAGAUCAGGCAGGGUUACACUUGCAUGUAGAAAUUGAAAACUUAAAACAGCAGUUGCUUGAAAGAGAAAACCAUAUAUUAUCCAUGGAAACUAAUUUUCUCAAAGAAGCUGAUAAAUUCCCUAAUGGAGAGAUGGCUGCUAUAUCUGAAGAAUUGUUAACAUGGCAAGAUAAAUACUCCAGGUUGUAUGAAGCUCAUAAGAGAGUUCAGAGAGUGAAUCAAAACCUAGAAGACAAGCUGUUGAGGAUUGUAGACAAAUGUGAAACAGAAAAAAAUGCUUUGACUUCUGAAGUUUCUAACCUCACUCGGCGAUUAGUUGAUGAAAAAUUUAAUGUUGCUAGGUUGCAAGAAGAAAAUGAACGAUAUAGAAAUGAUGUGAACCUUGCUAUUCAGUUAUUACAAUGUAAACCAUCAAACUUUGUAUCACAAAAAUAUGAUUCUUUGCCUACUGAAAUGCAGCAAAAAGUGCGUACAUAUCUUUCUAAUAAGAGGAGACAAUCUGAUGGUAAUGGAAAUAUACAAUCCAAACCGGAAAUGAAAACUAUCAAAGUCCCAAUACCAACUUACCCUCCUACUGCUAUGGUUUAUUCAGUUAAUAAAUGUCCUCUUGAAAAAGAUACAAAUAGUGAAGAGAAAAACAACUCACAACCCGUUGAUAUAGUUUCAGCAGCAAUUAUGGCAAAAAUUCUUGAAGAAAGAGAAAGAGAAAGAAGCCAGGCAAAACACUGUGGAACUUGCACUUGUAGAAAGGUGAAGUGUACUAAAUCAACUCAAACUUUGACUGACUUAAAUUGUUCUGAAGCAUGUUUUAAUCCUCCAUCCAAUGGGGGUCUUCGAAUUCGUGAAAGUAGAAGGGUUGCUGAAGGAAUACUUGUGAAUCUCGAGCCUCCCGCUGAAGAUGAUCUUAUUUCCUUUGGUCCUAGACAGUGUUCCCUUCGUGUAAAACCUGGUUCAAGUAGUGUUCUUGUAGGAGGUAGUGUUGCGCCUGUAAUAUACAGGAGUCGCACCUCUGAUCCACUUGUUCAUGCACCACGGUCUGCUUCCGUAAGUUCAGAUGAAGGCAAGCCAACAGUUAGGACUGAAACAGAAAUAUAAGUAUGUGAGAAUGAGCAUUGAGCAUUGAGCAAUCAUUCAUUUUAUUAUGUUAUGAUAUGAUUUAAAAAUCUGAAUGUAUAUUUAUAUGUUUUUUCAAUAUUGUUAAAUCUUGAAAUAUAUAUACAAUUUUUUAAUUGUUUUCUAAUUCACAUUUCUUUUUUUUAAAUAAUAUUUGAAGAGCCUUCAGGAAAAAUGUGUCGAAUCCAUUUUUGUAAUUUCACAGCAUUCAUUUUGUAGGUUUAUGAAAGGUUUCCAAAAAAUAAGGAUGAGGUUUUUAGGGAUAAACAUAUUCUUAUUGUUUAUAUUGGACCAACUCAAAGUAUUCAUUAUCAGCUACCAGAGUGGAACAAUAGGGAUAUUCAUGCACUUGUAAAUGCUUAAUGUGCUAACCUGCUAAAGUGUUAUCAGUUAUAGUAUGGUUAUGUCUGUACUGUAAAUAAAGUUUGUGAGUUCUUUAUUGAUUUACUAACAUUUUGAUUUAUUUUUAUAAUGCCAAAGCAAAAUGAAGAGAGAAUCAAACACACUAAUAACCUUCUCUGUACGUUUAUGAAGUUAGGAACAAUUUACAGGACCCUAGGCUGCCUUAAAAUUGAGAGUGCUAGCAGCCAUAUUUAACACAUAUUUCAUAAAUAAUUUUCUCGACUUUACACAUUUAAGAGGUUUACAAUACUUAGCACUGGUUGCAUGAACACCCCUAUAAUCUUUCCUUUCUUUUUUUUUAAAAAAAGAACAUAUUUUUCCUGCUGGCUUUUUAUUUUUGGUCUAUUGUUUCUAAUAAUUUUUAGUUCAUUUAAAAAUCAUCAUUUGAAAAUACAUAGCUACUUAUUUCUUUACUUCCCAACCAGAGAAAAAAUUAAUGAUUUAAUAUUUUAUUUUGAAUAGCAUAAAUCAGUUGAUUAACAGUUUCAGUUACUAUUAUUGCAACAUUGUUUUACACUAGCCAUUAAAAAGUUGAAUUAAAGUCUUAUCAAUAUUUUUCUUAAAAAGAAAU